UGGGAGCGGCCGGCACGACAUGGCGGCGGGCGGGACGAGGAACGGCGGGGUGUGGGAUGGUGGGCUACGGAACAUCCGGGUGUGGGACGCGCUGGUGCUGAGCGCGGCGGCACUGUCACUGGUGGGCGCCCAGGUCACCCAGGAGACGAAGGAAGUGCCCGAGAACCAACCCGUGGACAUCCCGUGCUCCGCGUAUCGCUCUGCGUGGAGGGACGCCCGCAUCGAGUGGAAGUUCCAGAAGGGAUCCUCGCUCGUGCUGUUCUACUACGCGGGGCAGCUCACAGAGCCCUACAAGGACCGCGUCGUGUUCUCCGUCACCUCCAUCCACUUCAACACGGUGACGCGGGAGGACACGGGGAAAUACAUCUGUGAGGUGGUGGGGGAUGGAUCCCAGAUCGCCAAGUCCGAGGUCAACCUCAUUGUCCAGGUUCCCCCCUCCAAGCCGGUCGCCCACGUUCCCAGCUCGGCCACCAUUGGCCGCACGGCGGUGCUGCGCUGCUCGGAGUCGGACGGGUCCCCGCCCCCCACGUUCCGCUGGUACCGGGACGGGAUGCUGGUCCCGGCCGACCCCAAAAGCAGCCUCAGCUUCCGCAACUCCUCCUACACGCUGGACUCUGCCACCGGGGAGCUGACCUUCAAUCCCGUCAGCGCCUUCGACACUGGAGAUUAUUACUGCGAGGCCUCCAACAACGUGGGCAUGGCACAGCGCUCGGACACGGCCCGAAUGGAAGCCAGUGAGGUCAAUGUGGGCGGCAUCGUGGCUGCGGUUGUGGUGCUGCUGAUGCUGCUGGGACUCAUCGCAUUCGGGAUCUGGUUCGCCUACAGCCGCGGCUACUUCCAGAGAAAACCCACUGCCUCCAAAAAGGUGAUUUACAGCCAACCCUCACAGCGCAGCGACGGGGAGUUCAAGCAGACGUCGUCGUUCCUGGUGUGAGGGGGGGGGCAGUGGACGCCCCCAUGGCUGCAGCUCCACCAGCUGAACUAUUUGGGGUUUUUUUGGGUCUUUGGGGUUGUUUUUAGGGGAUGGGGGGGUUGUUUAGGUUCGUUUUUUAAAGGAUCCCUCGGUGCCUUCCUGACGUCAGUCCCUUUUUGGGGCAUCCCGGCCCCCUCCCCUUAAAGUGGUGCCUCAUUGUGGCCCCCCCCAACAACCCCCAGUUUGGGGUGGCCGUGCAUUGACCCCAUGCUUUGGGGGGGGGUCUGGCACUGCAUCCCUAUAGGGGCAGAACCCCCCAUUGCCUCCUAUGGGGCAGCACUGGGGGGGGGGAUGUGGUCCCCAUUGCUGGAAACCAAUAAACCAUUGUCCUUUAUGGA